GAAGGCAGCAGCUCACUCCCCCGUCCCUCCGCUGUCACAGCCCCCCCUUCCUGGAGCGGAUGGCAUACGCAUGCGCACUGUCCGCACUGCAGAGUGAAGGAGCAGCAGAUCCUCUCCAGCGGGUCCGCUCGCACCGGGGCCCCCCAAGGCUUGUAUUGAUGUUCAUCCCAGCCCAACCAAUCCAGAAGAAUGCCCUUGGUUAAAAGAAACAUAGAGCCACGGCAUUUAUGCCGGGGAACUGUGCCAGAUGCAGUCACUAGUGAAUUGGAGUGUGUUACCAACAGCACCCUUGCUGCCAUCAUCAAGCAACUUGGCAGCCUUAGCCGCCAUGCAGAAGACAUCUUUGGGGAGCUUUUUAAUGAAGCCAAUAGCUUCUACAUGCGCAUGAACUCCCUGCAAGAACGGGUAGACUUGCUAGUGAUAAAAGUGACUCAGCUGGACUCCACUGUGGAAGAAGUAUCCUUGCAAGAUAUAAACAUGAGGAAGGCAUUUAAAAGCUCCACGGUGCAGAAUCAGCAGGUGGUAUCCCGGAACUCUAUUCCCAAUCCGGUCAUGGAAAUGUACCAGCGCUGCGACAAACCUCCUCCACUCAAUAUCCUCACCCCCUACAGAGAUGAUAAGAAAGAUGGGCUUCGAUUCUACACUGAUCCAUCUUACUUCUUUAAUUUAUGGAAGGAAAAGAUGUUGCAAGCUACUGAAGAUAAGAGGAAGGAAAAGAGAAGGCAGAAAGAGCAAAGGUUGGUUGAGGAUCCCACUCGAGAGGUGAAGAAAGUGCGCAAAGCCCGGAACCGGAGGCUAGAGUGGAACAUGAUGGCCUAUGAUAAGGAGCUCAGGCCAGAUAACAGGUUCUCACCAUCCCCAUAUCAUGUGGCUUCAUCCGAGGGAUCACUGUCCCCAGAUAAUAGGUCGUAUGCUUCAGAUUUGGAUCACUCUUACCCUGCCAGCCCCAAUCACCCAGGGCAGCAGAUCAUGGCUCCUGCCCCUCAUCUGACUUCAGAGAACAAGGAUAUCAUCCUGAUGGCUACUCAAGAGCAUGGCUACCGUUCCUCUGCACCAGGUAGCCGACAGAACAGUCUGAACAGAGCACAGCAAGCUCAUGCACCACAGCAGCCUGAGGCCAUACUGAACGGGCCACGUCAACAAGCGAUGAAGGACUAUGGUGGUCAGCAGAUGCCAAUGGCAGAAUAUUUUGUGCCUCCCGCUCCACCACCGCCACCUCCUGUGAUUCCCUCUGCACAAACUGCCUUUGAUAGCCCUAUUUCUGCUCCUACACCAGUGGCCCCCAAUGUAGCUGCUCUCUCAUCAUACAUACCUACACCUCCUCCUGCACCUCCCUGUCCAUAUUCUGGCUCUCCUCUUCAAGCUGGGCCUGUAGGGCCCCCAGUUGCCCCCCCUCCCCCACCACCAGGCCAACUGACUAUUACACCUUCCCCUGCUCAUGCAGCCUCUCCUUCAACUCUCACUGUGGAACCAAGGAAAUCUCAGAUUCCAGCCAUGCCAAUGAGUGAUGCCAGGAGUGACUUACUGGCAGCCAUUCGAAGAGGAUUCCAACUGCGGAAAGUCCAAGAACAACGAGAGCAGGAGGCAAAGAAAGAACCGGUCGGCAAUGAUGUGGCGACCAUACUGUCUCGAAGGAUUGCCGUGGAGUACAGCGAGUCAGACGACGACUCCGAACUUGAAGAAAAUGAAUGGCAUGAGUCUGAUCUGGCAUUAUCAUGAGAGUCGGGAUACUGUUGCAGAGAUCAUUAUUAAGUGGACUCAGAAAACAGAAG